GAGCCAGUGCGAUCGGAAUCAACGGCUGGGAUUCGUCUUCAACCUCCGACUUCUUUUUAGAAACUUUUGUAGCUUCAGGCGAACCAGCUAUCACUGCUAAUUUUCUUUACAGAGACAAAAAGUUUUUAGUCGAAAUUCAAUUUCCCCAUCGUUCUCUUGGCUUCUACAUCCUUCUCUGUAAUCCAGGGUUUCUGUGAGGUAAUCGCCCCUUUGCGGUUCAAGCACAAGAGAAUGCUCUUGGAAGGCCCAUGUUUCAGGAUACCGUUUUGAGUCAUAACUUUGAAGAAUUUAAUUGCUUUCCUCUCGAUCCAUCGCCGAAUAACAUGGCCUCAAGUUCCAGUAUUAGAACCUCAUCUUCUAAUGAGGCGAGCCAUGAGGAAGAUUAUCUGGAAGAUUACGAUUUCUCUGAUGCUGUUUUGAGAUUCAUAAAUCAGAUUCUGAUGGAAGAAGAUAUGGAGGACAAGACUUGCAUGCUUCAAGAUUCUUUGGAUCUUCAAGCUGCUGAGAAAUCAUUCUACGAGGUCCUUGGAAAAAAGUAUCCUCCUUCUCCAGAACCGAAUAGAUCUCUGGCCAAUCAAUACAGUGAUAGCUUCUAUGAAGAACUUUGUGGAGAUAGUAUUAAUUGCCUGAAUAGUUAUCGUAAUACUUUUUAUUAUGGUGAUGAUAACCCUUUUCAAACUCUGGGUGAGGAUGUAUUUCAAAUCAGAAGCACUUUAGAUGAUAUCAUUUCUCCAUCAUCUCAUAGCUCCUCGAAUAGUAUUAUUAGUGGGGCUGAUGGGUGGGUGGACUUCUCGAAUAAUACAAUUUUAGUCCCUGAGCCUAAUGACAGAAGCCAAUCCAUUUGGCAGUUUCAAAAAGGGUUUGAAGAGGCAAGCAAAUUUUUACCUGGUGAAAACAACUUGUGUCUUGAUUUUGAGGUAAAUGAGCCAGCAACUCAUGGUCCGGAGGAGGAAACGAGCGAGAUAUAUUUGAAGGCAGGAAGAACGGAUCAGAAGAGUGUUUUGUCACUUGAAUCACGUGGAAGAAAGAAUCCUCAUGAUGAGGAUGGAGAUUUGGAAGAAGAGAGAUGCCGCAAGCAAGCAGCUCUAUUUACAGAGUCAACCUUGCGAUCUAAGAUGUUUGAUAUUGUGUUGCUUUGUAGUGCAGGGGAGGGGCGUGAACGGUUAGUUUCAUUUCGACAGGAAUUACAGAAUGCUAAAAUCAAAAGCAUGCUGCAGAAUGGGCAACUAAAAGAGUUUAGAGGUGGGAGGGGUCGUCGGAAGAAGCAUAGUGGGAAAAAGGAGGUUGUGGAUUUGAGAACUCUUCUAAUUAGCUGUGCUCAAGCUAUUGCAGCUGAUGACCAUAGGAAUGCUAGUGAGCUUCUAAAGAAGAUCAGGCAACAUGCUUCUCCUUUUGGGGAUGGAAAUCAGAGGUUGGCUAGUUGUUUUGCUGAUGGUCUGGAGGCACGCUUGGCAGGUACUGGUAGCCAGAUUUACAAAGGUCUAGUUAAUAAAAGAACAUCUGCUGCCGAUGAAUUGAAAGCUUACCACUUGUACCUUGCUGCAUGCCCAUUUAGAAAGAUCUCUAAUUUUACUUCAAACAGGACUAUAAUGAUUGCUGCAGAGAAUGCAACGAAGCUUCAUGUCAUAGAUUUUGGUAUCCUUUACGGUUUCCAGUGGCCUACUUUAAUCCAGAGAUUGUCAUGGAGAGAAGGUGGACCUCCAAAGCUUCGAAUUACUGGAAUAGAAUUUCCCCAGCCUGGAUUUCGUCCUGCGGAGAGAGUUGAGGAGACAGGUCGUCGCUUGGCGGCCUAUGCAGAGAGUUUCAACGUGCCAUUUGAGUAUAAUGCUAUAGCAAAAAAAUGGGAAAAUAUUUCUGUGGAAGAACUCAAUAUCCAUCAAGAUGAGUUCCUCGUUGUGAACUGUUUGUAUCGAGCAAAAAAUUUGUCUGAUGAAAGUGUUGCCACAGAGAGUGCCAGAAGUUCUGUUUUUAGAUUGAUACACAAAAUUAAACCCAACUUAUUCAUCAGUGGCGUUGUCAAUGGGGCAUACAAUGCACCUUUCUUCGUUACCCGAUUUCGAGAGGCAUUGUUUCACUUUUCUGCUAUCUUUGAUAUGCUUGAAACUGUUGUACCUCGUGAGGAUUGGGAGAGAAUGCUGUUGGAGAGAGAGAUCUUUGGCAGGGAGGCUUUAAAUGUUAUAGCAUGUGAGGGAUGGGAGAGAGUGGAAAGACCAGAAACAUACAAGCAGUGGCAAUUUUGGAUCAUGAGGGCUGGAUUUGUGCAACUGCCAUUUUAUCCUGAGAUUUUUGAGAGAGCAGUUGAAAAGGUGCGGUCAAGUUACCACAGAGAUUUUUUGAUUGAUGAAGAUAGUAGAUGGAUACUGCAGGGAUGGAAAGGUCGAAUUAUAUAUGCCAUCUCUGCAUGGAAACCAGCUGCAGAGUAAACAUGAAGAUGGGACAGACUGUGUUAAUCACGUCUGCAGGUGUCUCUUCAUUAUUAGCUAUAUUCAAAUCAAAAGAGACUGCUUGAGGACCAAGGGGUUAACUGUGGAGCUGUUUCAAAAUUUGAAACGAAGUGUUGAGGAAGGCUCCAAUGCCCCCUGUAGAAUUUUCUUCCCUCCCCAGAUGGAUAAAUCUGUGUUUUCGCAAAUAUCUUUCUAAGGUUCAGUUGGAGAGUCAACAAUGUCGUUCGCCCUAAACUGCGGGUAGGAAUACAUAACCGAAUUUAUUUUGCCUUUUUCUCUCUUUUAUCUUGCGAGGUUCUUCAGAAAAAGAAGUUAUAAACCUCUCAUCUUCUCUGUGCCAAGAAUUUUGUAGUGUAUAUAUGAAUAUAGGAACUUAUUAAUCUUUUGUCCUUCAUCA